CCCGACUAAACCGAUGGCAGAAAACGAAGGAGCAGAUGAAGAAUUAGCUAUAGAGAGCCUGCUGAGCAGCACGCUGGCGGUGUAUCAGAGCUCGCCAAUCGUGGGAUCCGCACGGCUGCCUAGUCCGGACGAGAGCUCGUGUGCAAAGUACCUGGCAUCGCUGCGGAAGCGGAUGCUACCUUUCCUCGAGCUCGUGAGUGACCGGUAUGAAAACUCCGGGCGAACGACAGGAAUCGGCAGUCAGAGCUGGAGCGCGACAACGACGGAGGAGUUACGCAAAGACGGGCAGAGCGUGGACGUGCACACGGUGAAAUUCCAAGCAUGCAAGUUUGUGAUUCUCGUCUCCCGAGCAGACAACAAUACCGAGAACGACGCGCGGAUCGUCAUAUUUUCGCGUGCGUCACGGCAGCUGCACAGUGUAUUUGCGAAAUGGAUCGAGCUGUAUUUCGACGUCGUGGUCAGGCCUGUGCGGUUUAGCUCGGAGUUUCUGCUGCAGUUCGUGGAUGAUUACGUCGCUAGCUGCUAUCGCGCGGAGGAGAGCACGUCGCUGGAGAUUGAAUUUACGACGGGAAUCGCAGAGGCGAGUCGGAUUACUCUGUCCUUUGACGCCGAAGACGUCCAGCGCUUCGCCAGGUCUGCAGCCGGCGGCGACGACAACGGUCCGACGGCGGUAGCGCGUCUGCUGAACCACGUACAAGCAAGCUCGGCGAUCAAAUUCUCGCAGCUAAAGGCAGGCAGAGUCGCGUGCAAGGGAGGCGUCGUGAGUGCAGAGGGAAAGAUCAAGUUGGUAGCCAGCACGAGUCAGGAAUGGAGAGUAUCCUUUGCUGAGCGCUGGAUUGCGGAGGUGGCGGAGAUUGUUUGGCGGUAGUAUUUGUAUUUUGUAUUAUUUAUUGUAAAGUAGAGCAGGUGUAUUUUAGCAAUCUUUGGAGUCUGGUUUGUUAUGUUUUGAUGUGAAUUCGAGGAAUAUCUGAA